CAAAAGCCUCAGCCAGCCCGCCGACUCGCAAGGCCUAUUCAUCUUCCGCUCUUCCUUAUUUGUGUUGUGAUUGUGGUCUGAAGGAGGCUGACAAUGAACAUCUUUCUGGUUUAGAUUCCAAGUUACACGUAAAACGAACCAUGUUGUGUGCAAACUGAUGGGCUGAUUGCAGAGCCCUGUAUGACCUGUUCAUAGCUGCAAUAUAAUAUUAUCCAGGGAUGACAAUUUAAAGCAGCAGACACCGUGCAUCUUUAGAGAGAUCAAAACUUUUAAAAUGGUAGAGUCAAUUAACAACAUGAAUUUGAGAUUUGGUCUGAGAGAGCUGGUUUAUGCCUGCUUGUGCAUCGUGCUCGGAUACUUGCUGAGAGUAAGAGACUCAUAUUCCUUAACUCCCAUGUGGCGAAAACGCAGUGAAAUCUCAAAGUUUGUUAAUGGAAAGUUCACGACUGAUGUAGACCGAAACCCUCUGCCUAUUGUGACAGACUUGGAAGGAGAUGGAGUGAAUGAAAUCGUGCUCGUGUCCAACGAUCUGGUGCACCUGAAUGUUCUCGCUAUGCCCCUGAGAAGUGAGGAGGAAGAUAAGACACUAGCUCAUGUCAUGGUCAAGCACAAGGCUGAAAUGAUGUUCAAGGGGAGGUCAAAAGGUCACAUACCACGACCUCAUACUGUCGGUGUGGGGUUCAUUGAGCCUUACUUGUCAAUGAUGCAGAUAAGGAAACAGGUCAUUGUUGUGGUCACAGACGACUGGCAAGUUUUGUGUUACAGCCAUGAACUAAAGCUAUUGUGGUACCAACAGUUACCGUUGCCCUCUGUUGACCUGGAGAGCAUAGAGGUCAAAUCCCUGUCUGUGCUGGUCUCGCCGUUCACCAUAGAGAAAAAACACAAAGGCUUGGUGGUCAUUGCUGGGAGUUUCAGGCACAAAACACACAAACCAGAUAUUCUUGCUAAGAUCAAGGAAAGAGAGGAGAACAAGUCCAGAAAUAGAACCCUUGAAAUGCCAACAGAAGAAGAUAACGAAACGCUGACUCAUUUCUCGACAUUUACCCUUAGUGCAGAUGAUGGGUCUCUGCUGUGGAAACACACAGCAGGGGACUUUGAUGAACAGCAACAGAACACCAAGGGAGACAAAGCACAUCACUGGAAGCUCAGUCUGCACCACAAAAGAAUUCACAAAGGAGAGUCCCCGUGGGAGGAGUAUGGCUCCCAGCUGAACGACUUCUGGCCUCACAUGUGGGCAGAGAACUCGGACACUGAAAUCUUCAUGGUGCGCGUCAACAAACAGUUCAACACCACCUCCCGGUCGCAGAAAUCCGUGCCUGAGCCAUCAGAGGGCGUCCAGCAGACAGGCUCGGCUCUACUCCCGGAGCACCUCAUUGGCUUCUCCUACGGGGGCCAGAGACCACACAGCGACCACGAACAUGUGACCAAUCCAAACAGUCUUAUAAUCAAGUCACCUGAAGGAAUCCAGGUACUGUCCUUGGUGACUGGACAGCCAAAGACUGUGUACCGGUUGCCGGCUGACCGGGCCCUGUACCUGGAUGUGGAUGGAGACGGCCAUGUGGAGAAGGUCGUCUGGGAUAUGGGCCAGCACUAUUCCCCUUGUUUCCUAGACAUCUGGCGUGUGAAGCCAGUGCAAGAGCAGAUUGAUCAGAUUGCUGUCUGCACUUCCAAGCGUCUUUUUUGGACUCGCUCAUGGAGCCUGGAGGAAGAUGUUUACAAGAAAAUUCCUCCACGAGUUAUUAAAAGUGUCGCCAGGAAAACGGGCCUUCUGAGACAUUUUUUGGGGCAUAACUUGUUUCAAGACAAUUCUUAUGACGUCAUCGUCUUUGGAGGCCUGGGGAGAGUGAGCUCUGUCGGAAUAGACGGGAACAUUCACUGGCAGACCUUGACGGAGUCCCGCUGGGGUGACCUGUCCUUGAACAUGAGACGUUCGGGGGGACGGCCAGUGCCAGAUGAUGUAAAGGAGGAAUUUUUCAUGUCAUUUGAACCCAGUCGUAUCCUUAUGCCUCUUGAAGUGUCUGGACCAAAGGUGGCGGUGGCAGUGACGGGCUGGAACAUGAUCUCAGUUGUUGACUUGGUGGAGGGAACUCUCCUUGCUCAGCACUCGAUUCCUGCACCCUCCACGGGACCGCUGGUCUACGGGGACUUCGACAACGAUGGUCUCAUGGACCUCAUUCUCACCUGCAAAAAAGGAUAUAUUGGGUUUUCUCUGAAGCUCCAGCACAACUACGAGCUGACGUUACUGUACACGGUGUCCGUCUUCCUGUUGAUCAUCCUGUUCUCCUGGCUCAUCUCCACCAUGUCUCAGUCGGACAACGACAGUGAGAAUGACGAUGAUGAACUUGACGAAAAUGAUGAGAUUUUAGCUGGGGAUGAUACCAUUGCAAUAACCACUGAUUCCUUGCUGUCACCUCCGCAAUGAAUUAUUAUUAUAGGCUUAUGUCUGUGUUAGAGCUCAGAAUACUGUGAUAAGAAUAAAGAAACAGCUGUCCUGCAUGUGGUUCUGCUUCUUAACCCUAUCCGUACGCCCUUGGGUCAUUUUGUAUCCACGGGGUUGUAUUCUUCACAUUUUAGAAUUCUU